AUGAAAAUUAUUGCAAGAAAUGGUAAUGUACGAAUUAAUAAAUUUCCAGGCAUGGCUGAAUUAUCCAAGAAAAUUGCUCUAACAAGAGCAAUUUUAUCGAUGAAACAAAUCUUCCAUGAUGAAUAUCGCUUCUAUCCAUUGAGCUGGUUCAUUCCAACACACCAAUCCAAGAUCUCUUGGUUUAUCGUAAAACCUGAUGAUGGCUCACAAGGUACAGGCAUUUAUUUAAUAAAUAAUCCAGAUCAGUUAAAAGACACAAACAGCAGACAAUUGGUACAAGCCUAUAUCGAUCAUCCCUAUCUUAUGAAUGAUGGCCUUAAAUUCGAUUUUCGAAUCUAUGCUGUCAUUAAAAGCAUCAAUCCGUUAUCAAUUUAUGUAGCUCGAGAAGGAAUGGCUCGUUUUUGUACAGAGAAAUAUAAUAAGCCAACGCUAUCGAGUAAUUUAUAUGCACAUUUAACAAACUAUUCGCUUAAUAAAGCAAAUGAAUCGUAUAUUCAUAGCAAUUCACUUUAUGAUCAAUUAAAAGGAAGUAAACGCCUUCUAUCGACAGUAUUUCAUCAACUUGAAGCGAAAGGUGUGAAAACAAAACGAUUGUGGCAUAACAUAAAGUUGAUUAUUGUUAAAACAAUAAUUGCUAUGGUUCCUGAAAUAAUGCUUAAUUAUGAACAUUGUUUCAGCGAUAGCUCAGGAGCGCAGUGCUUUCAAAUUAUGGGCUUCGAUAUAUUAUUGACGGAGGAAUUAGAGCCAGUACUUCUUGAAGUGAAUUCUGCACCAAGCUUAACAAUUGAUCAUUGUGUAGCAGAAGCAGAUGAAAAUACUGAUUGCCAAGAGCCAAGAGCAAGAUCUAUUGUCGAUGAGACGAUAAAAAUACCUCUUGUGCGCGAUACGUUACUUUUGGUGCUUGAUUUGAUGGAUAGAGUGUAUGGUUCCACAUAUUCAAAGUUUGUAUUUCCUGGUCGAUAUGGACUGGCUGUUGGUCAUUUAUUAUUUCUAGACAAGGCUGCCUAUUUAUUUAUGCAAUUCGUAAAUUUAAAACAUAAUAUGCUAAUUACAAUUACUGGUCUUCGCAAUUUUAUAAGGAAAUGUAAUUUGAUGGAUGUUAUUGAUGCGAAUUAUUUGCAAGCAAAAUAUUCAGAAAUUUUGAAUGAAUUCAAUGGUGAAGAUAAAUUACAUAACGAAUGCGGCUUACCAUUUCAUGGUUUCUUGAAAUUAUUAUAUUAUAUUGCUCAAUUAAAAUUUUUUAAUUAUAUAAAUUUAUUUCAACAAGUAAACAAUCUUUUAACAUAUUGCUGUUCGAGUUUACGACAUUAUGGUGUUAGAUCAGCUCGCCUUCGGCGAAUAGAAAUCGAUGAUAACGAUAAAGAAAAUUUGGUGAAGAUCUAUCUACUUCCUAUACGACUACAACAGAAGCGAUUAGGAAGAUUGGAUGCUCGUUUACGAUCCGAAAUAGAAGCUAAACGAGCUCGACAAAGAUAUGCUCGUUCACUGCCUCGUGAUUUAAAAGGAUUUCCAACAAAUAAAAAUGGUAAUUUUCCGGGAAAAUCUUUUAGAAAUAACCGAAAAGAGUUGAUUUUGCCAAAAAUACGGCAAACGUUUCAUUAA